CGUGACUGAUGUCAAUAAACCUGUGUGUCUUUGAAAAGGAGGCGCUAAAAGCAGCUGCAUCCAGCUAAAGAACCGGAGUGAUGCCUGCCUCUGAGCCGGUCCGGUUCGGUCGGAAACGUGCCCUGCCGUCCUGCCCAAACCCGCUGUUCCUCAAGUGGCUCACAGAGCUCCGGGAUGAGGCGAGGGAGAAAGGCCUGAAGAUCCAGUGCACCUACCAGAAGGCGAUCAACUCUUUGAAUAAAUAUCCAUUACCACUUCAAAACGCCAAAGAGGCAAAAAUUCUCCAAAACUUUGGAGAUGGGAUCUGUAAAAUAUUGGAUGAGAAACUCCAGCGGCACUACAGACAGAACGGUCCAGAAGCUCCCAUUCACUGUCUACCAGACAGAGCGCCAUCUGUUGGCAGACCAGACAAGAACUGCCUGGCUCUGCCUAGAAAGAAGAAUGCUGCUGGAGACCAAAGAGAAGAUAGAGGAGGAGGAGGAGGAGGGAGGAGGAAGAAGAGGGGUUAUGUCCCUCAGAAGAGGUCAGGGGGUUAUGCUGUGCUGCUCACUCUUUACAGACACUCAGAGAUUCCAGGCAGUAAAGGUUACAUGUUUAAACUGGAGCUGCAGACUGCAGCCCAACCUUACUGUGAUAAAUCCUUUACUGUGCCUGAUCUAGGCAGUAAGUACACCGCCUGGUCGUCAGUCAGCACUCUGAUCCAGAAGAAUCUGCUGAUAAAGACUCACAAUCCUGCAAGAUAUUCUCUGACAGAGGAGGGUGUGGCUUUGGCUCAGCGGCUGGAAGCAGAAGCAGGAGGAGGAGGAGGACCAGGAGGAGACAGAGGGGAGGUUAGAGGUGGAGGAGAGGAGGAGGAGGAGGAGGAGGAGGAGGAGGAGGAGGGGCGUCCUGGAGUUGUGGAUCUUACUGAGAGUGAUGAUGACGCAGAACAAGCAGACGACAGAACAGAUCAUACAGAGAAGCCGGCCGGUGUCACUCAGACACUCAGGAUGGAGGUGGAGGAGACGAGUUCUUCCAAACCUCAGGACUCUCAGAGCAGGAGGCCAGAUGCAGGACGUCUGCUGCCCGGAACCUACCAGAUUAUUCUCUGUGUGGACUUUAUUGAGACGACCGGCGGCAGCCACCACCGCAAGCAGGAGCUGGUCAAAGAGCUCCAGAGGAAUGGGGUCAACUUCGACAUCCGGAAGCUGAACGUCGGAGACUUCCUGUGGGUGGCUCGAGAAAAUGUCGCACCUAUUCCAGGUCAGCUGCGAGCGCCGCCCGGUCGGGAGCUGGUACUCGAUUACAUUGUAGAGAGGAAGAGGAUGGACGAUCUGUGCGGGAGCAUCAUCGAUGGACGCUUCAGGGAGCAGAAGUUUCGUCUUAAAAGGUGUGGCCUCCGUCGACCCAUUUACCUGGUGGAGGAGUGUGGCUCUGCUGCCUCUCACCUGAGUUUACCUGAAACCAGCCUGCAGCAGGCCAUCGUCAACACACAGGUGGUGGACGGCUUCUUUGUGAAGAGAGUUCAGGAUGUGCGAGAGUCUGCAGCCUACCUCACUGUCAUGACCCGAUACCUGACCAAACUCUACCAGAACCGUACGCUGGUGUGUCGCUCCAGAGAGCUGGAGGGGGAUGUAGGCGGUGACGAGGAGGAGGGGGGGAGGGGACUCCCCUCCUGUUCGCUCAUUUCUUUUGCUGAGUUUAACCACGGUGCCACCAAAAACAAGUGUCAGACAGUGAGGGAGGUGUUUGCACGACAGCUGAUGCAAAUCAGCGGUUUGUCUGGAGACAAGGCUGCGGCAAUUCUGGAGCAGUACAGCACCCCCCACAGUCUUCUGACGGCUUAUGAGAAAUGUUCAAGUGGAGCAGAGAAGGAGAACCUCCUGUCGUCCAUCCGAUACGGCAAACUGAAAAGGAACCUGGGUCCAGCUCUGAGCAGAACGGUCUAUCAGCUCUACUGUACACCAGGAGCCUUAUCAUAGACAGACGAACCUCUAAAUGCACAUGAACUCUAGGAUUUCACACCUCCAGGUUAUGUUUUCAAGAAUCAUGCUCAUUCAUCAUUGUCAUUUUUAAUUCCUCUUAAACUUGAAUAACCUAAACUUAAACCACGUGUUUAAAAAUGCUGCUAUAUUAUAAGCUAAUAUUUCUACUGGAGACUUCAGUGAAUCAUUUGUAAUAAAUGUGUUAUUUUUUAAAAAGUUUGUUGUUUUCUGUUCUUUUACAUGAGCCGGUCCUCGGCUCCUGCUCAUGUAGCUGUGGUUAAAUGCAAAGAAAAUGUUUCCCAACAAAUAAAGGUAACCAUUUACUUGCACAAUGU